AUCCCUGGAAUACGUUCCGACUUUAACCUAUGGCGGAUCAGAUAACCAUAAAUUAAAGUCGGAACGUAUCUUAAGCCAGGGUUCUAGAAUGCAUUUAGCCCAGAUUUAAGUGCAGUGUGAAAAGCUCUUUAGAUUCUUAUAAAUAGCCUAGGCUACAACAAUUCGACCGCUGCAGCUGUAACAUUAAUCAACCCCAUAUAAUUUUCAAACCUCUCGUACUCGACGGCAAAAAAGUGAAAGUGAAAGAAGAAAAAAUACAAAUGUUUUCCUCACUGCAGAGUCGGCAGAACUGCACGUUCUGAUCCCUCGUGCAUGCAUGGGACCUGCAUUUAUGAGAUUCUGUGGGAGAUAUAACCGUAUUAUGUCCGGUAAUGUUACCCGUUUAUUUUUCAUGCUGCUAUCUCUCGCAAAGAUUCGUCACUAUGGGAUUUUGUGUGACAGCGAAUCCUGCCCCGCCCCACCGCAUAAAAACCACACCAAGCCCUUCAACCAAACGCAGAUUUAUCAGGAGGAUGAGAAGCACCGCUACGCCUGUGCCGAGGGCUUCGUCCGGAAAGCCGGAACGUCCGCGCAGAUCAGAUGCAGCAGGAGCGGGAACGCCUUGAAGUGGGAUGACGAAGGCAGGCCCACCGCGCUCGUGUGCAUACGUGAUCCAAGGCUGAAGCCAUUGGAAGCACCGCAAUCUACGCCCACCGCAUUAGAACCCAAAAGCACCAUAGCGACGACCACGAUGUCAGUAACUGCAGUGACCGUAACCACGGAGGAGUCAACACCCCGGACGACCCCUGUCGUGACAGCGAACACCAUCGCGUCAACUCCACAGAACACGGCACCCACACUAACCCCCACAACGCCUUCCCACAAACUAACCCCCACAGGAACAUCCCCUUCCCACACACUAACCCCCACAAGAACAUCCCCUUCCCACACACUAACCCCCACAAGAACAUCCACUUCCCACACACUAACCCCAAGAACAUCCCCUUCCCACACACUAACCCCCACAAGAACAUCCACUUCCCACACACUAACCCCCAUAAGAACAUCCCCUUCCCACACACUAACCCCCAUAAGAACAUCCCCUUCCCACACACUAACCCCAAGAACAUCCCCUUCCCACACACUAACCCCCAUAAGAACAUCCCCUUCCCACACACUAACCCCCACAACAUCACCCCGUUCCCCAAAACGAACGUCCUUCACGCAGAAGACCACCACCAAAGUGCAGCACUCACCUCCGGACACAACUGAACCCAAUAACCAAGGACCUGGGCAAGUCGCACAGAACAAGACUACCACUGUAUCUCUUGGCGUGAUUGCAGUGAUCUUUCUCCUCAUCGCACUAAUACUGGUGGCACUCCGACAGAUGAGAAAUCGCCGAGGGUUCAGAUUACCACUGGCUGAACAAAGACAACAGAUUCCCAUGGGACCCAUAGAACCACAAGACCAGAGAUACAUCCCUGUUGCGCUACAAGACCAGUGAAGACUAGUCCCAAAUACGUACGCAAAAGUAAUGUACAUAUACAGGUGUGUGUGUGUGUGUGUGUGUGUGUGUGUGUGUCUGUACAAAGUGUGAAUGAAAACUGCACGAUGUGAGGACAAAGGUCAGUUUAGUGCGGAGCAGAGGAAUUCUGCAGUUGCUGCGCUCCAGACUAUUCAUGUGGGAAUAAUAACACUCAUGUCACACAGCCAGGAAAACUUGACCGGCUGCCCCCCAGCUAGGGAAACAGCGGCCUCCACGCUGGCCGUCCCACGGAAUUUGGGACGGACCCGUCUCCACACUCCAGUUCCGCUCUCUGAGACACCAUUUUACACUCGGCUCCUUCACAGCGGGGUGACCGGCGACCUCCGAGCAGCUCCACGACCACGACUCCGCACAACCGCACCGGCCCAGGGGUUCGAAAGCAUUUUAAAGACCAAGGCCAAGCCGCGGGGGCGACAGCGCCGCAGUCCGUCUCCAUUCACACGCGCAAAGGUUCAACGGUCAGGCUGCGCUCGGAAGCCGGGCCAGAUACCACAGGGAGGUUUCAACGCACUCAACCCCUUACCGCCAGCGGACGAGGACUUACCGCGGGCUGUGACGGGCGCUCCUGGGACGCGGGGCCGCUAGACGCCGCUCAGAAUCUCACGGGCGGCGUUCCGCAGAGCCGUUUUCCGCUUUCGAUCGCCACGUGGACCUUGAACUCGCCCUCACCGAUCGGCUGCUGCUGCUGCCCCGAAAUGGACGCCUGGUGAACUGCACUCCUUUGGCCAGGCUAACCGACCCGGCACGCAAGGGCCACCGAGCGGCUAACACACUGUCAAACUGUGGACGUGUAUGAUGUCACUUCCUGCACAAACUCCAGUGUAAACACACAGCGGGCGAGAACAGUGAGCUGCGAAAUGAGUGUGUCUGAGCAUUCACCAGAACGCGUGUUAAAUGUCCUAAACGUUAAACGCGUGCCAGUGCAUGCAUGUGGGCUUUGUGCACAUGUACUAGAGUGUGUGUGUGUUGUGCGUUUGUUGUGUGUGGUGUGCGUUUGUUGUGUGGGUGUGUGUGUGUACGCAUACAUGCAUGUAUAUAUGAAUAUGAUUAUGCACUCCAUUGGUACACUGCCAUAACAUAUUGGAGAAGCCCCCUACAAAUGGACUGGGCAUUUGGCUUUCUCCAUUUUCCUUCUUACCAGCAAAAUUUGGUGCAAUUUUGAAUGACCACCAUGGAACA